CAGUUGCGUCGAGACAAGACACGAAGAGGUACGACAGUCGAACGCAUCGUCACGUGCCGACAUCCGAGUUAUUCGGACAAAAAUAAUCAGAAAGUGCAGCGCCCUCAGAGUUUCGAUCGAGUCCCUAUCAUCAAAUUACAUUUUGAAUUAGUUGAUGUCGCUCUCAAUUAUAGAAAGCCAUGUAACUUCGAAUGCCGCCUAAUAUACCUCGCGUUACUAUGGAAAUCCACAAAAAUAACUACACCGGUCCCGGACCGAAAAUAUUUAGGUAAACGACGUGGUAUACCAUAUACUCCGUCAAGAUGACAGAAAAACGACUGUCGUUGGGCAUCAACGUAAGCAUUUUGCUGAUAUUGACGAUAUUUGGCGUGCUUCUGUCUUUGCCUUUGCGAUUGUUGUUCGACACGAAUUACUCCGACCACGGAGAUAAAAGUGGUGUCAGUGACCCGGGUGAGAAAGGGAGAGAGCCCUUGAUACCAAUGGAUCAUCGAAAAUUAAGGCGCUGUCCGAAUCUGCAGUACGAGGACCGUUUGAUGUCCGUCUUUAUGAGCGAUUACGACGGAAAUUGCACGUACGUGCAAGACGAGUGCGACGAUGACGAAGAUGACGACGAUGAUGACAGCGACUCUGAAGAGGAAGAGGAUAGUAGAGAGGACGAUAAGAAGGAGAAAACAUACAGGUCCAAGAAGAGCAUCGAAGAAAUGAAAGAAAGCGCUGAAGAGAUCUUGAAGUCGCGUCAAAUGAAGUCCGUCACGGUGGCAGGCCACAUACUCGUGACGAUGUUGCUCGUAUCAGUAAUAGCUGCCCUCGUUGAAGUACUGCGAAUACGCUUCGCCAGAGAAAAAGAUUCGUCUAGGGCAGGCACGAUUAUUUCACGGAGAUGCUCCUCCAGCGUGGACAUACCCGCCACAAGACGUCCCAUUUCAAGAGAAUUAAUUAGAAGCCAAAAGUCCUUUGACAUACCAGGAGUACAUCAUUCUGCAUUGCGUCUGUUAGGAGCGCGGCCGCCCCCGCUUAUCCGUCGCUCCUCAUUUCCAACGCCACAAGCGAAGAAAGCCGCUACUUCGUCUCUUUGCGGUACACCGAGUAAAGGGCUGACACGGCGCCAAUCGGCUGAAUCGGAAGAAGAAAUCAGGAUUGUCACUAACACUCUUCAUCAUCGCACCCGUCUAAUUCGACGCCAUUAAAGCGGCAAGAACAGUAUAGAUAUAUCAAUCCAUCAAAUGCCUUGUAUCUAUACAUCGGUAACAAAACUAACAGGAUACACGUUUAUUAUUAUAAGGUAACUCGCAACGCACAAUGAUCCUAUGAUCUUCUUUUACGUUUGCGCAACGUCGAAAAAUUUAAGGAACACAAUUCUUCCGUAUCUUCCAACGCAUCCCUUACGGCGCGGCGGCUUCAAUAGUGCUCCAUUCCCACGACGCUUUUAUAUCAAGCUGCUCACUAAAGUUCUGCUUUCUAGCCAAGCAAUUUUUGAAAUAUUUCAGAUUGAUUAAUAUACAGAAUCAAAUUUCAGGAUCAAAAACUAUCGCGUGAGCUACGGUGGAAAGCUGAAUUGCUACACAGUACAUGCCUGGACUAACAUGUUUUAAUAAAGUAAUCUCUAUUUCUUCCAUAUUCAUCGCACAACGUGCUUUAAGGUCAUUUAAUCAAACGAAGUAACUGCAAUCGAUUUAAUCGAUCUUAACUUUUAAUAAAUUAUUCUCAAUCUUCUUAUCGCGGAAUAAUAUAACAUUUUUA